AUGCUGAAUUCUCUACGCGACCGGUUGUCCCGUGGGCUGCAGCAGUCUCCUGCUCCAGUUGCAGCAUACGAGGACGAGGAUGAACACGAACCUGAGCGCCGUCAGGCGAAUCCGAAGAGAGUGAUACACCACAUCGAGUCGAGCAUAGAGCGCGUGACUCAGUUUGGAGAAUUCCUAGUGACGAACCUACGAAACAAACUCGAGGCAGCCGAUCUAGACGAGAAUGCUGGGAGGGGAGAGGGCGGGGAAGCGGAAGCGGAGCAGCCGAAGUCUGUGAAGGUGUAUGGAGCAGGAACUCUUCCUGCUGGGUUGGAGGACUUGAGGAGGUCAGACCUGUUUGCCAAGGAAUCAGUUGGGGAGAGCCGUCGUCGAGAUGGCGAGGCGGGAAGAAAGAAUUCGGCAGCAGGAGCAGAAGAAGGGUGGGAAGAUGUUUCUGAUCAAACAUCUCAAGGCAGUGCUGCAAGAAGCGCAGGACAGGACGAGCUGGAGGUGGCGUGGAAGCCGACAUUCCAUGACAUGUCGCUCCUUGGUGUGCGGAAGGAAAUCCGGAGCAUGUGGGAGACGAGCUACGCGUCAGGAAAGGCGAUCAUCCACGAGACGAUGCAGGAGAUGGUGCAGGGUCAGCAGGCGGGUGCUGGGGUGAAGGGGCUGCAACGAGAGGUGUAUAUCAAGGAGAGGAACGGAGCUGCAGAAGCCUUCUUCUCAGCUCUCGGCCAGCAGCCGAUCUCUGUGGUGCAGCUCAGGAGGGCAGGUUUCUUUGGGGUUCCAGACGACAAGACGGAUUUGAGGUAG